CCAACCACGCCCAGUGAUAUUGUCUUUGCUAUCUGCAGUUUCUACAGCCUAAAUUAUACUGCAAUUCCUGUCUGACUGUGCCCCGCGGAAAUCGACAAUGGCUUGGUGCUCUCGCCAAAGUCGCCACUUGCGUGCAUUAACUCGGCGGGGUCUCCGCACUCAAGCGCGCUAUGACUAUCCCCCGGAGGAUGAGCUGAGCAGCGGACCAUUCUUCUCGAGGCCUCCUGGACUAGCGACCCCACGACAGCUCGUGCAGUACUUGAGUGAAUUCGUGAUUGGCCAGGAGAAUGCUAAGAAAGUUCUCUCCGUGGCCGUGUUCAACCAUUACAACCGAGUGCAUGCGAACCUCUCGUCGCUGGAGAAGUCCAAUGAUCAGGCAGAGUGGCUAGACCCGAAGGACGAAUCACAGCCAGUUGUCAGUGCACGAGUACAUCCACAUCCCGACCGCCUGCGCCUGCACCCGCUGCCAUUACAGCCACAACGAUCUAUGCCAUUGUUCGAGAAGAGCAAUGUUCUGGUCAUCGGUCCAACAGGCUCAGGCAAGACGUUGCUGGCAAGAACACUUGCCAACGUUCUUAACGUGCCGUUCUCAGUGAGCGACGCGACAUCGUUCACUCAGGCAGGCUAUGUAGGAGAUGACGUUGAUGUAUGCAUACAACGACUUUUGCAAGAGGCCAACUGGGAUCCAUAUCGUGCAAGCAUGGGUAUCGUUUACAUCGACGAAAUUGAUAAGAUCGCCAGAAAGGCAGGCGGCGGCGGCGUUGACGGCACUCGAGAUGUUGGUGGCGAAGGAGUGCAGCAGGCAUUGCUUCGUAUGAUGGAGGGAACGACUGUCACAGUUCAAUCUAAGGGAUCGCAUGCGGUCUCAUCUUCAAUAGGCGGAGAUAGUCGGACAAGGACUGGUCAGCGUUCCGUGAAUCUUAAUGGCCCAAGACCAGAUUCGUAUUCCAUUGACACGUCAAACGUACUAUUUGUACUCAGUGGCGCCUUCGUCGGCCUGGAGAACAUUAUCAAACGACGUGUGGUAAAAGGAUCGAUCGGUUUUACGGCCAAUCUAUCACCAUCCAUGGAAGAAAGCAGUGACAUGCCGUUCUUCACGCCGAACAAGCGAUCAAGCACAAGUCUGCUGGACCAUGUGGAACCUCAGGAUUUAGUCAAAUACGGGUUCAUCCCAGAGUUCAUUUCUCGGAUGCCUUCAAUAACGACACUGUCGCCCUUGUCCACGGCUGACCUACGACGCAUCCUCACAGAAGUUAGGGGCUCGCUAAUCUCACAGUAUACCGCUCUAUUUGGGUACUCUGGCAUCGAGAUUAGAUUCACUAGUGCAGCACUCGAUGAGAUAUGUCGUAGAGCUUCUCAAAGAGGCGGAGGUGCGAGAGGUCUGCGAGGUAUCAUGGAAUCUCUCCUUCUGGAGCCUAUGUAUGAAGCACCAGGGUCGGCAAUCCGUCACAUUCUAAUAUCUGAGGCUGUCGCGCAAGGCGAACAGCCUCCGCAAUACUGGAGCAAGGGCGAUGCUUCUGCUUUUUGGGCUGCAUGGGCGAAGGAGGAAGAGAGGUAUCCGGACAAUGCUAGCCAGAUUUGA